AGCAACUCCAACAUUUUCCUAUUAUAUAUAACUCAAGCUUUAAUAUAAAACACAUACACACACGCACACACAAACACACACAGAGUGUGUGUGAAUUGUGUGUAUCUAUCGGAUGCAAUGAGUCGUCCCAAUAGUAUGAGAAAGGGGUCUUGGACUGAAGAAGAAAACCAGCUGCUCAGAAAAUAUGUUGAGACAUAUGGAGAAGGCAAUUGGAAGCAUAUCCCCAAAAAAGCUGGGCUGAAUCGUUGCCCUAAGAGCUGUAGACUAAGAUGGUUAAACUAUCUUCGUCCAAACAUCAAGAGAGGUGACUUUGGAGUUGACGAGGAUGACCUCAUAAUCAGGCUACAUAAACUCUUGGGCAACAGAUGGUCUCUAAUUGCAGGUAGAAUUCCUGGUCGAACAGCCAAUGACAUUAAAAACUACUGGAACUCUUACUUGAGCAAGAAGAUGGCAUCAGAGAGCAAUAACACAACAAGCUUGGUGAAACAAUCCCCGGUGAAUUCGGACCGGUCCGGGGCUGAGUUUGAGUCAUCCUCAGAGAGAAAAAUGGAAGAAUGUGGGGAAGAUGAAGAAGACAUAACAUCAUUUUGGAGGAGUCUCUUGUUGGAGGGAGAAUAUAUUGAAACAAAAUUGGCAAUUGAAAACAAUGAGAGGAAGAUUGAAGAUGAUCAUGUCUUCUUUCAAGAAUUGGGAGAUUCAUUUCAAAAUAUGGAGAUUAUGUUUGGGAGUGAGUGAAAUAUUAACUAUGUUUUUUAAUUCCUAUUGUAUCUAUAUUGUAGAAUUGGAUCGAGAAAUAAUUAGAUGGUCGUAAAACAUAGAUCACUUUGUGCCUAUGCAAACUAUAAAUAAAGAUUUUAGUGAAGUUGAGUGAUC